UGAACGGUAAGAGUAGGUACGUAGCGUGGGGCACCCAUUGUGAGGCAAUACCACGUAGUAAAUCACGAGUGAAUAGUGAGUGACAGCAAACAGCACAUCCACUCAACUCACUCUUUAUUGUAAACACGUAGUUAUACCACACUAAAGAGCAUGUACACAUUUCGCAGGUUAUGAGCAACAGUAACAAUACCUCAGCUCAUCACCAUCAUCAGUAACAAAGACACAAAGUAUUACUUACAAUUAAAUAAAAAUGGUUCAUCUACGUAAAGUACUGUACGGUACGUACGUACUCAAAGUCGUAUCAACCGAAAGUGCACGUAUGUCGAACUUAGUCGAGCUAGUCAUUUUGCAAAAAACUUUUCUUCUAUUUUUGAUACAAGCUAUUAUCUCUUUCGAAAGUCGAAAACAUACAUGAUACUUUACCGUACCUKUAGAAACAAUGACAAACCUGCGAAUCUCUCCUGUCUCCCACUUUGCUGAGGCGAAAUCAAAUUUCUGUUGAACGGAUUUCAAUGUCAUCGUUGUCGGAUAACAGUGUUUGUUCUACUAAAACCUCGCAGGCGUGGGCUAUAUUGAGACGCCAUGCUCGAGACGAGAUAAGCAAUUUACGCCUACAGGAACUGUGUCGGGACAACGAUCGUGUGUCUUCGUUGGUCAGCGUUUACAAUGCGACAACACCCAGUGCCAAUAGCAUGUUGAUGAUCGAUCUCUCUCGACAGCGGAUGACUUUAGAAACCUUGAAUCACAUGCUAUGCCUUGGAACAGCCAGAGGUCUUCCAAAAUUCAUUCGGCAGCUCUCGUGGGGACAAAAUGAUCCAGAAAAUCCAAUAGUGCCGACGAGAUUCCUUCCAGACCAGGACAAUCCUUACGCAGAUGGCAGCACUCCGAAUGCUAAGAACAAAUCAAACCGUCAUCGGCAUGGUGAGAGGGACCGAAGGAAUAUUGAACAAAACCAAAAACAAAACGAUUGCUCGCGUUGCUCCAUUCCGUCGUACCACAUGGCUCUUCGUGCUCCCUCUGGAAGGAAUUUGGAGAUGUUGACAAGGGAUGGAUUGAAUGUAUUGGUCGGAAUCCACAGUGAUUGGAACCGCAUAAAACGAAUAUCGGAGUCAUUGCGCAGAGGGAAAUUGCCGGGAGUUACGGGAGGAAUGAUAAAAGAUGUUGUUGUCGUGGGACAUGGGUUAACUGCAAUGGCAUUGCGAUUUGUGUACACGGCCUUGUGCGAAGACGAGGCAGCCACGAUUGGAAGACGCUUGGGAAUGGAUGGACGGAAUCCGAAAAAGGGAAGCGAGCUGGGACAUCGCCGCAUGAAAUUCCUGACGACGGUCGAUCCGGUGCAGGCAGCGGCAGUGGUGACUGACUUGGACCCCUCUGCGACCCUGGUGAUAAGCGUUGCGAUGACGGGGAAGGAGAACAGAGAUACGACAAUGUUGGCGACUCAAACACUGCAGUCCUGGCUUUUGUCCAAACUGGGAGGGCACGGACACAGACCCGAGUUCAUUUUGAGUAAGCAUUGUAUGCUGGUAACAAGCAACGAGGAUUUGGCAAGCAAGCACAAGCCCGAGUCCGUCUUUUUGAUCCCCGAUCAUUSCCGUUGCGAACCUUUCACGACAUGCACCGCGGCGACUCUCUUGCCGCUCUCAAUUGUUUUUGGAUGGCCGGCUGUCGAGGCUUUUCUUUCGGGAGCACACGAUAUUGAUAAGCAUUUCGUAGAAACCAAUCCUAGACACAAUUUGCCGGUUCUGCUUGCUCUCACGGAUGUCUGGAAUGAUUGCUUGUUGUCKCCUAACAACAACAACAGAAGUGCCCMGUACUCAGCCAAUAGCGGGCGCAUACUUACGCCAUAUACCGAGGCAUUUGUGGCUUAUCCAGCCUUUGUCGCGGCACUUGAAGCGCAAGUAUGUGGCAGAAAACGCAAGGAAAGAAAUAACAAUUCCUCUUGGAUGUCAUCAUCAUCAAUGUCCUCAUCUUUAAAUGAAAUGCAUCCUCAAUCAAUGUCAAUGCCACCACCAGCGACAGUACAGAGCUCUGCGUGUUCUUCUCUCGUCAUUGACGGUGGACUACACGGCAUUUAUGACCAUUCACUUUAUCAAUCCCCCAAAAUCAUCCCAUCGGAACUCGUAAUGACAUUGGACUCUCAACUUGCUACCAAUGGAUGCUUGCUAGGUGAAGGAGAGAAUAAAAAAGUUUUUGAAGCACAAGAUACUCUUGUCUGUUCUUUAUUUGCUCAUGCGGAUGGAUUGGCUUUUGGCUUUGACCAAAGCAAUGACGACCAUUAUGCCGACGAUAAAUCCCCCGUCGGUACCGGCUUUGGCGGUGACGAGAGUAAUACUUUUGUAGAUGAGCAAGAGCCAGCAGAACAUAAUCGGUCGGGUGGCAAUCGACCCAGUACGUUAUUGUUGUGUGGGAGGCUCGAUGCGUUUACGUGUGGACAGCUAGUGGCAAUGGCGGAACAUCGUGCAGUCAUCAAAGCUUGGAUCUGGGAGAUCGACCCAUUCCCCGUCAACAGAGAAGGCAGCAGCACAACUCUUCCGCGAUCCAAACGAACUGACUUACUGAAAGAAAGGCUCGGAAAAAUGAUGUCCGAUGGGUAUUCAGAAGAGGAUGAUGAAGACGGAGAUGACAUAGAACAUGCGCCAGGAUUAAAUCUGUCUACGAAAACCAUUCUUCGCCAUUAUGCCAAUACGAUGAAAGGCCAAAGAAGAAGCGCCAUGAACAAUUAGCAAUAAUCAAUACUUUUUGAG